AAGUACUGUUAUUCACAUAAAGAUGUAAUUUGAUACUUGUAAUUUCGGUUUCUUUAAAAUGUUUCGUGCAGUCAAUACAGAAGUUGUUUUACAAAUAAGUAUUUUUCUAUUGACGAAAUCUGCAUUUGGUAGUAUAAAUUCAAACAUCUGUUCGGCGCUUAGAUGUGACAUUGUAGGAUUUUCAAGAUUCUUUCACGAGUGUAUCCGUUAUAAAUGUGGCAGAUUUGGUAGAGGAUUUUUUGGAAGGGGUGGUGGAGGAAACAACUAUUUCCUAACUUGUAAGAGUACAGAGUUUAAAUGUGACAAUAGCCGCUGCAUUCCUUCCAUCUAUAGAUGUGACAAUGACAAUGAUUGUGGAGAUGACAGUGAUGAAAACUGUGGGAUAGUUCAGGCCGCAGAGUAUACGGUGUCUUUUUCACCUGCAUCAGCCAUGCUUAACAAGGGAGAGAAUUUAACAGCAUUGUGUAACAUACCCAAUGGACAGGGUGCUCUUUACAUUAACAGUAAACUCAAGGUCACGUGGUACCACAAUAGCCGCAAGCUGACCAGUCUCUGUGAAUUUGAAGAGCCCUCAAUGGAAAACAAGUAUGAUUGCAAUGUGUUGUUUCAACAGGCCAAUAACAUCAGCUUUGAAUUCACCAUAAUGGACUUACAGAAGGCAGAUGCUGGGAACUUGACCUGUGAAGUUUUAAAACAAGUGAAGGAGAGAGGGAAAUGGGUUAGGGAUGACCUUGUUGCUAGAAUGUCUGGAACCAUUAAAAUCAGAGAACCAAUCACAGAAAUGUCCUUCAGGAUUAACCAGUCUAUGAUAGAAACCCUGACACUCGACAACCUUACUACUCUAUACACAAUUGAAGUUGAUCCAGGACUGUACAGUCCAGAAUGCAUGGUGAAGGGCAGUACACCCAAGGCUAAUGUUACGAUCAUGAUUGGUGACGAACUCUUGGAGGGAAGGGUGGAAGACAUGCAAAACGAUGAAGGAGUGCAAUUUAUAGCAUAUGACAUAAAACUGAAAGAAAACACAGAGUCGAUCAUCAUGUGCAGAUCUACUGUUCCUGGUCUCCCGAAUUCUACAGUGGAAAGGACAUUUAAGGUUAUUGUUCCCGAAAGUAAGUACAUUCUGUAACUACGAGAUUGGUUAUUGUAGGUUAAAGUAAGUUUUUUAAACGAAAUGUAAUUCAUU